AUGGACGGGGUUUUUGAGGAUCUCCCGAGUGGCGUUCAAAUUUUCGUAUACGCUGACGACAUCGUCAUUGUCGUUUCCGGUCCUACCGCCCCCGCCAUCCGUAGAAAGGCACAAGCAGCUAUGUCAAGGGUAGCCAAGUGGGCUGCAUCAGUGGGCUUCACAAUGUCAGCACCAAAGAGCGUUCGCUGCCAUAUCUGUGCUUCCAAUCACCGAGUGAAAGGACCACCCAUCACGAUAAACAACCAACCGAUUCCGAUUCGCAAAACCGUCCGGAUCUUAGGAGUUACUGUCGACCGUAAAUUAAGCUUCAAACAACACUUCGAUGGAGUUAAGGCCAGCUACCAGAGCCGUCUUAAUCUAGUUAAAUCGCUCUCUAGUUCUCACCGUAGUAACAACCGAAAGAUCCGGUUUCGUGUGGCUGCCGCCACCAUCGACAGUCGGCUACUAUAUGGUCUGGAGAUAACCAGUCUGGCUGUGGAUAACCUGAUAAAUACCCUUUCGCCGGUAUACAACCGGUGUAUUAGAACUAUUUCCGGACUUCUCCCAUCCACACCGGCCGACGCUGCCUGCGUUGAGGCUGGUCUACCGCCCUUUCGCUACCGCAUUGUUUCAGCCCUCUGUUGCAAGGCCGUAGCAAUUAGUGAAUGUACGGCAAGAGGCGCAGCAACCUGUCUGCAAGAACAAGCCAACAAUUUGCUCCAUAGCAUCGCUGAUGUCACACUCCCACAAAUCACCAAGCCCCACUGGUUCGGUGAACGCGACUGGCGAGGUUCGAAAUUAAUUUUUGAAAACGACAUAAAAAAUAGUUUCAGAGCCGGGGACAACUCCGUCCAGCUGCGACAAUCCGUCGCCGAGUUGCUCCGAUCAAAAUACGACAACCACCAGCGGCGUUAUACCGACGGUUCGUUGUCGUCGCAGGGCAUAGGCAUGGGAGUUUCUGGUCAAAACCUGGAGAUAAGCAUGAACCUACCUGAUCAGUGCUCAGUCUUCUCUGCUGAGGCGGCGGCCAUUCUCGUUGCCGCUACAACGCCGGCAAAUCAACCAAUCGUGAUAGUCACGGACUCGGCAAGCUGCAUCUCGGCCCUACAAUCGGAAAGACCCCGUCACCCAUGGAUUCAGGGGAUAAUAAAGUGCGCACCACCCGGUGUAAUACUCCUUUGGGUUCCAGGACACUGCGGUAUCCCUGGCAAUGAAACCGCCGAUCACCUAGCGGGGUCCGGCCCAUCUGGCGAUCGCUACACUCGCACAGUGCCUUCUCAGGACGCCAAGCGCUGGAUUCAGUCGGUGUUGCACGAAAACUGGCAAAAGGAAUGGUCGCAAUCCAGUAGAUCAUAUCUGAGGAAAGUGAAACAAAGCAUAGACUCGUGGACCGAUCUCAAGUCCAUGAGAGACCAGACAAUCAUCUCUCGGCUACGGACCGGGCACUCUAGGAUGUCCCAUGACUUCGGAGGAGCUCGCUUUCACCGGACCUGUGAGAUCUGCGGUAUAGACAACUCAGUGGAGCAUUUUAUUUGCGUCUGCCCUGCAUACGAGGGCCCCAGGCAGCUGUACGGGAUUUCGAGUAGUAUCCGCGAGGCCCUUGGCGAUGAACCAUCAACACUCGCGGCGUUGCUAUGUUUCAUCAAAGACGCCGGCCUUUAUUUUAAAAUUUAA